UUGCCCCUCCUAAACGCCAAAUGGAGUACUUCACUUAGAACAGUCCUGUCCUGUCAGUCAAAAAAAAAAGUAGCCCCCUAUAUUAAUUCAAUUGAUCCUCCAUGCUGGAGCAGCACACCAGCUAACUUGGACUGCUCGGGUAGAUAAGAGUCGACAAAGCAAUGGCACCGCAGCAGGAAGAGGGUGGGUGGCCUCUUGGGCUCCGACCACUUAAUGUUAGAGUUGGGUUAGCCAGAAACCCUGAACUUGAUGGAUCGGUUUCCUUCAACACGUUGCUUACUGGUUCCCCAACUUCCUCCACCGCUUCUUCCUCUGCUCUUGAUACAGAGUCCACAGGUUCUUUCUUUUGUGAUAAGAGCAUCACUCUAGGAAGCCUCAUAGGCAUCUCUGGCUUUCUAGAGCUCUCUCGAAGAUCAACAAGGGGCAGAAUACCUGAUCCACUGAGAGAAAAGAGGAGUAGUUACAAAUCAAAAGCUUGGUUAUUCUCACUUUGCUCAAGGCUGAGCACUGACGCUGUAAGCAUUAAGAACACUCCGUCUCUUGGUCACUUGCUUGAAGCCGAGAGGCUAGCUGCCAGCAUUUACAGGAGGAGUCGGAGCCCCCUAAUUUAUGGGACUGACAAUUUGUCUCGAGUUCCGACUGCAGCAGAUGCCAAUGCGUUGUUUGUCGAAGGCCGUGUUGCUCCUUCUCGAUCAAGUACUCGUAUUGGUCAAGAUUGCGAAAGAAGCUUAGGAGAAGGCUUACUCCAAGAUGAUGCUUAUGGAGCUCCAUUGCUUUUUUCUUGUCUGUGUGGAAGUCUGACACACUAAAUACUCAUUCAGUUCUCUUCCUUCAUGUGCUAUCCAUGUUUCUUACAGCAAACGCAAAUGCCACUCUCAAGAAGGCCAUGUAUCUCUCUACUAGGCUCCGGAGGGACGUCUUUAAUGCUGGAGAUUAUUUUUUUUUUUUGGGGUUAUUUUCUUUUCUUUCUGGGAUGAGAGAUGAUCCAUAUGUACCAAAAACAGAAGAAUAUUGUAGAACCAGAGCUGAUCCACAGCUCAAAAAAGUGGCAUUUGAGGAGUAAAUUUGAUGCUUUGAUCCA